UAUAGAUGUUUCGGUCUGAAAGGCAAGUCCUGACGCCGUAUUCCUCUAUGCGAUUCAGUCGUACGUGUUCGUUCGUUGCUUUCGUUCGGUUUGAUUCCAUUCGGUUGUGUUUCUCGUUCGAGAACAUUCAUUUAUAAUUUUUUACUCCUCUGCACCGGUUUUUGUGUUGUAUAUAUACUUCUAUAUAUGUAUAUUCAGUUACGAAUUUGUUGUGUUCUCGGUUUUUUACCUAAAACAAAAAAAAACAAAACACAAACUAGAAAACUAGAAAACUAGAAACCAAACCAAGCAAUACAACCGUGCAAUUCCCGGGACUCGACAUCAUCGAUCAUCGUGCAAUAUAUAAUUCUAUAUUAUAGAACACUUGGCGAAAGUCGCUGGGCACAAGAAGAGUUGCAAUUGUUAUCUCACAGACCCUAGUCAAAUUCCGAUUCCGAUUCCAAUUUCUUUCGCAUUUUUUUCGAGUGAGUGCUGCAAGUGUCUAUCUAUAAACUAUUACGCCGGAUGCCCAAUCCGCUAUAUAUAUGAUAUAUAUACUAUAUAGCCAGGAAAUCGUUGGACAAAGGAGUGUUCAGACCAAAAAGAGAGCGAGCGAGUGAGAGAGCGAGUCGACGCGAACGAAAGUUUUUUUGUGCAAUCAAUAUACAUCUAUUAUAUAGUCAGUCGGUCUCCAUUCCCCGCUCCCCACUAGAACACACUGUAUGACAGUGUAACUUCUCAAACGCACCUCGCUCCCACAACUUUUUCGAUUUCGUCUCGCCAGCGAAGCACAUUGAGUGAAAACGAGCGAGCAAUCGAACAGCCAUCAUUUAUCAGAGAAAAGAAACGGAUCACCGAAGAAGAGGGAGAUUUUUUAACCGCAGAGGGAAAAGCAAACAGACGAGGCAAAAAGAAAUAAGAAGGAAAGUCAACAAAAACCAAACACCACCAAAUAAAACCAACUACUAUUAAUUUAAAGCAAACAUUAACGAAUAAUCAUAUUCAAGCGGUAUAUAUAUACAAGAGGAUAACGGAUACACAACUAACUAAAUAUAUAUACGGUAUAUGAAUGUAUAUUUGAAAACCAAAGCUAAGUUCCAGUCAAAGAAAAAACCAAAAACCAGCGCAAAUUUAGUAAAAGUAUAAUAAAAGAAGGAAAAACCAAAUUAUUGCUAUCUUUUUGCAUUUUUGCAAUUUUAUAAAAAAUAACAAAGAAAACGAAAAACAAGAACAAAAACAAAAACAAAAACAAAAAGGAAAACCAACAACUAAAGAUCAUAAUAAUCUUUAACAUUCGGAGAAGCAAAAUUAAGAAGUAAACACAUUUAGCAAAAUUUACUCUUUUAUCUAAACGAAAACCAAAAGAAAACCAGAAAAACAAAAACUAAGACCUAAUUCAAGCAUAAAUUAAAUUUUAAACGUUUUAGACAGAGAACGCUCUAAACUUAACUUAAAAAGCAAAUACAUUUUUUUCGCGAUCGUAGUUGAUCUAAAACCCCCCAAAAAAAGCCGAAAUAAAAACUGCGGGCGGGACUUGUGCAAAGCGCUAAAAAUCCCCCAAAGGAGCAGCUGUUACUUGUAAGCGAAAACCAACCAAGCAGUGAGAUUAACUACUAACCAAAAGGACUAAAUCAGCAGGAUCAGAACCACAAUCACAAUGACCAACGCCAUGGACAUUGUGAAGAACGGCAGUGCCAACGGAUCCGUGGAUGGCAGCAAUGAUGAGUCGCGCACCAAUUUGAUUGUCAACUAUCUGCCGCAAACCAUGACGCAGGAGGAGAUGCGAUCGCUCUUCUCCAGCAUCGGUGAGCUCGAGAGUUGCAAACUGGUGCGUGAUAAAGUCUCAGGUAAUUUGGUCUUGCCAGCAUCGCUGACCGCUCUCAACCCGGCACUGCAGCAAGGUCAGAGUCUGGGCUAUGGCUUUGUUAAUUACGUCAGGGCCGAGGAUGCUGAGAAGGCUGUGAACACCCUGAACGGUCUGCGUUUGCAGAAUAAGGUUAUUAAAGUAUCAUACGCCCGUCCAAGCUCAGAAUCUAUUAAGGGUGCUAAUUUAUAUGUAUCGGGUCUUCCGAAAAAUCUAUCACAACCAGACUUGGAGGGGAUGUUUGCAUCGUUCGGCAAAAUAAUUACAUCUCGUAUACUCUGUGAUAAUAUUUCUGGUCUAUCGAAGGGCGUCGGCUUUAUCCGCUUCGAUCAGCGCAACGAAGCCGAGCGGGCCAUCCAGGAGCUGAAUGGGAAGACCCCAAAAGGAUACGCCGAACCGAUCACCGUCAAGUUCGCCAAUAAUCCAAGCAAUAGCGCCAAGGCCCAGAUUGCCCCGCCCCUUACCGCCUACUUGACUCCCCAGGCGGCAGCGGCCACCCGUCGUUUGGCUGGAGCUCUGCCCUCCGCCGGUCGCAUAAGGUACUCACCGCUGGCUGGCGAUCUACUGGCCAACUCGAUCUUGCCGGGAAACGCCAUGACUGGAUCGGGAUGGUGCAUAUUCGUCUAUAACCUGGCCCCGGAGACCGAGGAGAAUGUGCUGUGGCAGCUAUUCGGUCCGUUCGGAGCGGUUCAGUCGGUGAAAGUGAUCCGGGAUCUGCAGACCAGCAAGUGCAAGGGAUUCGGAUUCGUGACCAUGACCAACUACGAUGAGGCCGUGGUGGCCAUCCAGUCACUGAACGGUUAUACCCUGGGCAAUCGGGUGCUGCAGGUCAGCUUUAAGACUAACAAGACCAAAACCACUUAGGCGAACCCGCCAAUCUGGACUAGACCUUUCCAAUACUCCACGAUCUGUUUGAUUUAACAACACCUAGACUAUAGAUUGAUCUGAUCUGAUCUGAUAAGAUAUGAUAUGAUAUGAUAUGGUAUGAUAUGAUGUGACAAAGACAGUGUAGUCGAAAUUGCUAAAUUUAGCGCGAGUUUAUGAUAUGCCUAUCAUUUGAUUUGUACGCUAAACGAAAUUAUUAUGAUUGUAAUUCUUAUGAAAUCUUAGUGAAAAUUGAUUUAUUUCCAACUCUAUAAUUUAAUUUUAUUAACUAAUCCAAGAAACAAAAAAAUACAAACAAAAAAAAUAAAAAUAAAAAUAUAAAUACAAACAAAGCUUGAAUGAGGCAUCCAAAAAACACAACACAGAAACUAAGGAAAACUUUAGACAAAAAGAGGUGAGCCAGACAACUGUCUAUAAAUUGACAAAUGGGAAAUAUGAAAAGGUAAUAGGGUCAAGGGAAAAACAAAACAAAAAACGAAAAACGAAAAACAAAAAGUAAAAAACCGCAAAAAUAUGAAUGAAAAUGAUCUAAGUCGCAAUAUAUAGUAACUAUUUUUUUUUUAAACUUAUGUAUAUGUAAUUCAAUUCGAUUAUAUUCAAUUAAACAAAGUAUUCAAACAAGCUAACCAAAUGAUUUAAUGUCUAUUGAUUUAGGAAUCACCAACAUAACUCUCUCAGCUUACCUAACUACUUAUUAUAAUGGAUAUGCAUAAAUAUAUUGUAUUGUAUUGUAUUGUAUUGUAUUUUGUGUUCGUUUUGCAACCCUAACUUACAUUACAUUACAUUAAUUCUAGUGCUAUUCAGCUCUUAUACUUAAUUCGAUUCGCCUUGAUUUACACUCGAAGACGAAACGGAAAUCGAAGAUAAAGCCGCGAUAUAUCCUCCAAACGUAACAACAAUGACCCA